AUGGAUGAAUCCCACACAUCAGAAAAUAUUGCAAAAACUAUCAAAGAAAUUUGUGAUAAAUGGGAUUUAUUCGACAAAGUUACCUGCAUAGUUACAGAUAAUGCAGCAAAUAUGACAAAAGCCUGUGAUUUAUUAAAAAAACGACACUUACCUUGUUUCCCACAUACAAUGAACUUAGCAGUGCAGGAAAACUUUAAAAACACAGAAAUACAACCAAUUUUAAAGAAGUGUAAAGAAAUUGUUACAUUUUUUAAAAGUAGCAAUCUGGCCACAACUAAAUUUAAAGAGGAACAAAGAAUUUUAUGGAGAGGUACUGUUAACGAAAAUAAAACUCCUUACAAAUUAAUCCAAGAAGUGACAACACGAUGGAACAGUUGUUUUCAAAUGAUUAAAAGAAUCUUAUCAACUUCCAAUGCUCUUAACUCCACACUACUAAAACUAAAAAAUGCACCUACACCAUUGACUGCAGAUGACAUUGAAAUAUUAAAAGACUUAGAAAAAUGCCUUUCUGUAUUUGAUGAUGCCACGGAAAAAAUUAGCGGUAGUAAAUAUGUGCUUGUAUCAUUAAUUAUACCUAUAUCAUUUGGUAUUUAUAAUUUUUUGAAUACUGCUAAUAUUUCUACAGACCUUGGCAAAUUGUUUUGUCAAGGGUUGAUUGAAUCAACAAGAAAUCGACUGUUUCCCUACGAAUCCAGAACAAUUACCAGAAUUAGCACUAUUUUAGAUCCGAGAUGGAAAAAAGAUGGGUUCCGAAGUGCAGAGAAUGCUAAUAGGCCUCCUGUUUCCUGGAUCAAGAAAUGA